AUGGCUACAGGAAGAAGUUCAAUUAAAGUUCCAUGUGAAAAUGAAGACUUACCUGACAAAGAAAAUGCACCAGAUUUUGACGAGGACACUUUACGAGGUGAGUUAGGUUCAACUUCGGCUUCAGUUAUUGUUAGAACAAUUUCUAUUCCAUCAGUUUCAAGAAUGCAAGCACGUGUGGAAAAGGAUACAUACACUGUAUGACCACUUUAAAGGAUAUUUGGCCAGCCAUGACUCUCUUCUAUGAUUACAAUAUGCUGUUCAUUGAGAAGAUCUAUGACACAGAAACUUUUGCUAUUUUCUUUUCUAACAGUUCAAAGCAAUAACACAAAGUUAUAAUAAGUUAAGACUUUAUUUGAUCAUCAUAUAAAAUCCAUUGUAAGUUUGCAUCAUAGGUACCAUCAUCGUCAUCACCAUCAUCUUUCUAUUUUAAUGAAACAUAAUCGCUUUGAAACCUUUAACAUUCCCUCCUUUCUCCUCAAGCAACCCACAGGCAUUUGAUCUUCAUCCAAGCCAAAGAGGGUGGGCGGGGGGGGGAGGGGGGGGUAAGGGGGCUUAAUCCUGCCUGACUGACGUUAGGGAAUUUGAAUAAAAACUGUCACAUCUAAUUUCCAGUAGAGUACAAGUGUUAAUUAUCAUUGAAUAUGGAGGUGUUUAAGGUAGAUAGUGAACUUUCACUAACAAAUGGCUCAGAAGAAAUAAGGCUUCAAGGUCUAGGUUUUAAAGCUUGGUCAAUUAGUUUUUAAAGCUUGAUCAAUUAGUUGAAAGUGAAAUUGAUCAUUAUUUCGCCUUUUACAUAAGAUUGUGUGGGGCAAUUGAACAUUUUAUUAACUUUUCCCAGGGAAUAGGAAUUUUAGGAAACCUAUCUCCAAAAUCUCUCAUCUCCAGGGGUUUGCCUCGAGUUAAGUGAUGCUUAUAAUUCUCAUCAUUAUUUUUACCCAUGUUGUCACCUACAUUGUUAGCAUCAUCAUAACUAUUGAAAAUCUGCAGAUCUGAAAUCUCCAGAUCUUGGCAGCUCUAACUAUACACGAAUAAAUAUUAACUACGACAACAGACUUUGACACCCAUUUUUUAAUUUUUUUUCGAAUUAUUUUAUUUUUUCUUUGCAGCCACAGCUGAUGUUUAUAGGAAUGAGGGUAAUGAGGCCUUCAAGAAAGGAGAUUUCAUCAAUGCUAUUCAUUUUUACACCAAAGGAAUUAAAAUGAACUGCAACGAAAAAGAACUGAAGGCCAAACUGUACAACAACAGGGCAAUUGCACAUUCUAAACUUGGUAAGAUAAUGAGAGCUUUAAUAUGCAUUUUUUUUUUUAUUUUGAAGCUAUUGAGUUGUCAGUAGUAGUUUUCUGAAAAAGGUGAUGAUUUUUAAUGCAUGCCCGGAAAAUUUUACAUCAUAUCUUGGCCUCUCAAAUAUACAAAUAAGUAACCUCUUACCCCAGAUAUCAAUGAGCAUCACAAGUUUUUACCAAAAUUAUAGUAAUGGUAGUUGGUUUGCAACAUGUAUGGCUAAUCAGAGAUAUUUAUUUCAAUAACAGGAAAUCACCAGGAUUCACUAAGGGAUGCAGAAGCAGCCAUUGAGUUAAAUCCAACUUUCCUUAAGGCAAUUGUGAGAGGUUAGAUAUGUUAGCUGUACUAUAAUAAUAACAAUAAUAAUAAUAAUAAUAAUAAAAAGAACUCAACACUCUAAGGUUAAAUGAGGUUAAAUGGAGUUCAAUCUUGUCUCAAUUGACUUUAAUUAAGAGGUCGAGACCACCCUGAUGUACAUUUGAAUCCAGCUCUUGACUGUUACGCCAUUACUUUCCAUUAAUCAUGAUGAGAAUAUUAUUUUGAACGGGAUGAAGAUCUCAAUGCAGAAUGCAAAGCAAAAUUUCAGCAUGAAUAUUUUAGUUCCUUAAGUUCAAUGAGUCACAGGUGUCAGAUAUGUUAAGAGCGUGUCCACGAGAGCACCGGGCAGUCGUGCUACAUGCCAUCUCACCGAUUUCAAUGAAACUUUACCAGUUUAAAGGGUCUACCCCAAAACUCAAAAAAAACAGACUGGUUUCUGUUUUGGUUUUUUCCGGGGAGAGAUAGACCACCCCUCGGUUUUUCUUGGUUUUCACCAAGGAAAUCGCUUCAAAUAGGUAAAAUGUCCCUCAAAUAGGUAAAAUAGGUAAAAUGGCCCUCUGGUUGAAAUCCAACAGUAAAGAAGGUCAUAACUAGAACAGUCACAGAAUCAUAAUCAUUAAUAGUAAACUGCUGAAAAUUGGCAGGAGGCAAGUACAUGACCCAGUACCUACCAGCCAACAAGUAAAGUUGACCAGGUUUGUUUAUUCCUAGUAAAUAAUAAACAAAAACAAAAACUCUAUCAUUUUAAACUAUUCUUCUGCCCCCUCAAAUUCAAAGCUCAAAAUACAUCCAAUUGGGCUGGUUUUAAGCAUCAUGGAUCUACUUAGAAAGCACUACAAACCUAUUGAGCAAAAUCGGGUUUCAAUCAUUAAUGUUGCCAUGGCAACGAAUUCAUUCCAAGAAAAGAUUAACUCCUCAAAACUUCAACACUUUUCAGUCAAACUGAAUUUUGCUCAAUAGGUUUGUAGUAUGUUAUGUCUCAAAUACUUGUGGCAAAUUCGGAGCUGUUAGCACAAAUACAUCCUGAGAAAUUUAAGGGGCACCCAAAUAAUCAUGAAAAACCCAUAUUUGCAGGAAAUGUGAUUUAAAAAGGAAAUGUUAUGGAAACAUGGGUUCAAGUUAGCUUUUUACAAUAAAAAAACAGUGUGUUGGUAGAACUGCUUUAAAAAGAAAUAUCCCUAAAGUUAUUUUUUGGUCUUCUGAGUAGUUUUCCUCUUUUUGGGUCCAUUACAAGGUUCUAUUUCUCCAAAAGCUCCAGCUGCAUAAGUUACACCCUCGCCACGAAUCCUUAGAUCUUCAUUAUGCUGUUUAGCCUGUCUCCUGGAAACUCUGUAUUUCUUGUGCUGAUCUUACACUCUCUUCUCUGCUUGUUUAAUUCUCUCUGAAUCCCUUCUCCUAGCUUCCAUUUUGGCAGUAUCACUCACAGUGAGCCCAACCUUCUCCAUGAUAGCAUGUUUCGCGGAGGCACAAUAUCCUUCAGCAAUUUCCAGAUCAUCUGGAAUACUUUCAUCCCACAGAGACGUAUCAAUAGCACAAGCGCCGAUUUUUCGCGCAGAAACCGGGAUUGCAGGCGGUGGAAUCAUUUCGCUUACCACGUCAUCUUCACCGACGAACGUGAUAUUUACCCUUCGUUCGCUCGUUGCGCUUGCCGCUCUUUUCGCUUGUUUUUGAACUCCUUUGAACCCUUUACGCUUUCUUGAAAUUCCCUGCUUUAAAACAGACUGCUUUUUCCCUAGCUUCGGCAUAAUUUAACCCUUUAUAAACUGAAUCAAUAGAUCAACAAAAGUGACUUGGACAAAAUUCGUUAGAGCUCCUUGUAACUCAGUAACCAGGCCUCAAAAGUAACUUCUAGAAAUCUGGAAUGGACUACGGUCUGUUUGCAAACUCAGGACUGUGGAACAGCGUUAACGCCUCAAAAAUAAUUCGGGAAAAAGGCUCUUGUUUCGAAUUGGUUACCAUGGCAACGGAAAAACAACGUUCAAAGAAGGCCACUUUUUGACUCUGCAAAGUAAUUUAUGUAAAAACAAGCAACAUAUUCAAAAUCUAGAUAGAGUCAAGUAAAUAUUUUUCCAAAAAAAAAUUGGGGCGAAAAAUUUUUCAAUUUUACCAAAUUUCAACCAGAGGGCCCCCUUAAGAGCGUGUCCACGAGAGCACCGGGCAGUCGUGCUACAUGCCAUCUCACCGAUUUCAAUGAAACUUUACCAGUUUAAAGGGUCUACCCCAAAACUCAAAAAAAACAGACUGGUUUCUGUUUUGGUUUUUUUUCCGAUGUCAAAGGCGAGCUUUACGUAUUAUCUAUCCAGAUUGUUCGUACAAUGAGGCGCUUCUUUUGACUGGUCUAGUUCCCUUACACAACCGCCGCGAGUUCUUAUGUGAUAAGCUUUUUAAUUCCAUCCUGUCUAAUCCCUCGCACAAGCUCUAUAGCCUACUACCUCCCAAGAAUGAGUGCGAAGUCAAUUUAAGGAGUCAGCACUCUUUUACUACACGGCGCCUCCACACCAUUCGUACUCGAAAUAGUUUUAUCCAUCACUAUGUCCAUAAAGCAAUGAUGUAAUAUUGUUUUUCUCUUAAUUAUAUAUUUUUGUCUUUUUAAUUAGUUCUUCUUAGCCAUGUAUUUUUUUGUAGUAUAUAUUUUAUUGUAAAUCAAACGUAAUUCAGCCUGUGGCUGCAAGGUUCUUGAUAAUAAACUAUCUAUCUAUCUAUCUAUCUUCUUGGUUUUCACCAAGGAAAUCGCUUCAAAUAGGUAAAAUGUAUGAAGCUCUCACUGUGAUGGUAUUUAACCGAUUACUUUGAAGAUUUGCACGCAUAUUUUUAUAUCCUUGGUUAAUGUCUGUUGCGAGUAUCAGUCAGUUUGAUCGACGGCUUGUCAAUGAACAGAGGCAAAUAUACGAAUGUGUUUUUAGACUUUUCGAUUCAUCCAAAUAUUUGACAACUUUGAGGUCAAAUAUCUCCCGUUUCCAGAAAGCUGCAACACUUAUCUUAAUUACCCUUUAUAACCCAUCAUUUCAUCUCUGAAAAUCAUCAAAAAAUCUUUGGGCGCUACUAUAUUUUUGUCUUGGAUACCUUUUAAAAUCUGCGACUGUGACAAGUUUCUCUCAACGACACCUAUCAGGCAAUUCUUGCUCUAGGCGGUCACUUGACAAAAUAAACCUACAUUUUUUAGCUCUUUAUACAAGAUGAUUGAUCAAGAAAGGUGAGAAAUGUGAAAAACUUUCGAGAAAAACUUUCGAGAUGCAUGUAGACGAAAAAUCAGCAGAUAUGGCUUCUUUACGGCACAAAACAUUUAUUAGUCUAUAAUUUGAUUAUUAAUCAUCAUCAUUGCUCAUUGUAGGAAAUUCCAAAGUCAUAUACUGCGUGUUGGUCGAUAUUACUACACGUUCCAGAGUGCUACAACUUCGGCUUUUACAGACGAGAAAUUCUGCGCUCUCGCUCGAGAGCAAACAUCAAUAGUUCUAUCGGACUAAAAACUGUGCUUCUAUUCCGAAAAUAAAAUUAAAAUAGUGUUGUCGUUGCCACUUACCGCCAUCGAACAUUUCCAUGCAGAACUCCGCAAUGCUAACAUCUGUUGUGUGACCCGAAGACUCUCCGUAGGAAUUAUUCAAGCGCGUUGUUCAUGCUGUCUGCUAGAUAACAAUUUCAGAAUAAUCUGCAGAUCUCUAUGAUUAUUUGCCUGCUUCGAUCGUAAAAUAUCUGCAUAUUUUUUUCAAGCAUUCUAUUACUACAUAUAAAUCUACAUCUCUCUAGAUCGAGUGUUGCCGGCGUUUAAUUGCGUGACUUGUAAAAUUUUUAAAUAAGAACGAGCCAGCAGUAAUUUGACAAGUAGGCUUCCUGCAAAUUUCCCUUGAUGAAAUCCCAAGACAUAGCCAGUUGGUUUCAUGAGCAAAGACAACAAGUAUGAAAGAAAAGUGAGAUGCAAAUGUCUUUUUUUUAGCUUAAUAGCAGCUGCACCCUCUUCUGCAGUCUUCGUCUAAAUUUUGCAAGGCCCCUCCUUAUCUUCUGCCUUGUGCAGUCAGUUUCGAAUUCUGAAGCUAGAUCAUUGGCAUCGGCCUCUCCGUCCUCAUUCAUAUUUACAGAGGGGGACCUCAUCAAUAAACCAAUUUUUGUUACGGCAGAUAACCGGCUGAAGUAUCGAGCGAUUUGCUGCUGUAUCAACCGGUCAGUCUUAGACAACAUUUCUGGCUGGUGUUGUCUCUUAAACUCGAUAUUUGGGAAGUCACAUUAGAGGCGGUUGCCUUACUAGUUUCCUCCCUUGUCCAUUGCACGUCUAGGAAAUAAUUCUCUGCUUUCUGAGAAAAGGUGGCUGUUUUUUGUGUUUUCCAAAGAGCCCAUCCAAAGUCCACUUGGCUAGUAAGGGAUUGUUCGUCAAAAUUUUACCUGAGGUCCGACCUUGAACGUAGCCAUCCCCUAUAGAAUGGCAAGCCGGUCUUGGUACAUUUCCUCUUGAUCUUAUCCUAGGCGGAAUUUUUUUGUGCAGCUUCACUGUGUUUGUCUUUGUCAGGGUACAUUUGGAUGGCAGCCAAUAACUGAAACGUCUUGGUACACCCUUCUUUUAGCAAGAAUAUCUCGCUUUCAUGUUUCGUCUAUGACGGAUUGGGUAUAGUUCUCGCGAUGACCCACGUUCAGAAAUCUGUGCACGUUGCUGAUAACCACCCGCUUCUACGAUUAGCUUGCUGAAGGUUUCUAAUGUGAUGAGCCUAGUGAGACCCUGAGGUGCUUCAAACCGUGCCAGUUGGUCUGCGCUAUAAACUUGUCGCAGUUCUUAAGUUAGAGGGAGGAUCGCCCACCUCUAUCUAUGUGAGCGCCUCUACAGUACCUGCGUAUCCCUAGCAAUCAUAUGAUAUAAAGUUGAUCUCAGUCACAAAUCACCAGUAAGGAAAACUGAUGUUCAGAUAAGCGCUCUUCUUGCCCUUCUUCCUUAUUCAUUGCCGACUCUAAGAUAGCAGCUACAGUAAGCGUUCUAUUUAGGUUUACAGUCACCUUGCCGCUACCAGGAAGACUCGCCACCAGCUUUGAUUUCUUCUGCCAUCUGCAGAUUCAUCUCUCUCUCACUUUAUGUCACCGAUUUUUAUGAGGAGGAUACUGGCAUUUACGAACCCGAAGGUCUGAAUCUCACACCAAGUGGUGCACGAUAUUUGAGGUACAUCGUGAAAUCGCGGCCUUCGCAAUCUCCAAAUAAGCCAAUACGCGCUAGAAUAAGCUCCAUCUCGGACGAAACGCAUGUUUGGGAUACACCGACGUCUCUCAAAUGUUUUUUUAAAGCUGUAUACCCACGAAUUUAGAGGUAUGAGCUGUUGCCGUCCCUGUCCAGCGCGAGAAAAAUAACAUUUGGUUCUACAGUUAGUUGCAAAGGAACAAGACAACUGCACCAUCUUGACUUUAUCAAUUCGAGUGUUAGAUUGAAUUAAGGGCCUUUUAGACACUAGAUUUCUUAUAUGGCAUCACUAUGAAGACGUAAUAGAACUAAUACACCUACACUACAUAGGAUUAAAAUGACUGUUGCGCUGUUGCGAGAAGGAGGAAAAUAUUACUGGAAGUGUAAACUCUUUUUAAAAAGAGUUUCAGAGACGUUUCAGAGAUGUCUAUCUUUGAUCAGCUGUCACAAAAAAAUGAACCCCACUUAAAUUUACUAGGAAAAAUGAACUUACCAACUCCUUGUUGAAAAAAUUGGAAUUCAUUUGACCGAUACGCUGGUUGUUUCAAUUUUGCUUUUUCCUCGGGCUGCUAUGAAACAGUUCAUAAAUUGACUAAUGAAUAAAAUGUUUUGAAAUACCGUUCGGAAUUUGCCUUUUUUUUUCUGCGUGCAAAUCAAGGGUAGACAAAGUUUUUAAAACAUUUGACUAGAAUUUCAUGGAGUUCACCUCGAUAAUUUUCGUCGGCCAGAGUCAAGACGCGCCAAGGUAAGGGACAUCGCCCUCUAGUAAAAUAAUUUUCCAAAGAAUAAACGUGGCAAGCGUGAGGAAACGCACAUUUUUUUUAUCAUUGUGAUCAAAGCCCAAUGAUGUACCUAAAUUGGUACUUACGGUAUCAAACCAUCGAUUAUGACAGGGUGAGCUUAAUUUUUCUGUGAAGGUCGACGUGACUUCACAUUUAAAGCGUUUUUGACGGAACAAACUAGUGAGCAUCACUGCACGAACUGAGAAAGUAAAAACUUGUAUUUAUCUCCCACGCGUUUCGUCUGACAAUAGUAGACUUCAUCAAUGAUUUUUUCAAGUAGGGUAAAUAAGCUUGCUAAUAUACAAAUAGUAAAUAAGUUGUCUCUUUGCUAUUGAAGCCAAUGGAUAGAAUUCGUCAGGUGCGCCUACGGUGUUAUACAUGCGUGACAUUUUCCGGACGUUACAUGUACGAGUACGUGAUCCGUUUGAGGGUCACAGAUUUAGGGUAAAUAUUUCACCCCUCAACAUCACGCAAUGUCUCUAGUUUAUAGAGGUCUUAGAACGUUUCAUUAUAUGGAGUUGCCUUCUGCGGGUAGAAGGCUACAAGCGAAUUUCUCUGGCGUAAUUGCCUUUGAUUUCUUAAUUUAUGUUGUCGCGAACCUAGUUUUUGGGAGUCACGAGACAAAAAAAACUUAUGAGGACCUAGUUUCAUGUUCUAAUGGAAGUAAAUAGCAAAUAAAAACACAUUUUCUUGAGAAAUAAAGUCACAAAUGACGGGGGUUCUCUGAAAAAAAUAGUGAUAGAAAAGGAUUUCAGUUCUGGUCAAUAUUGACUUUUCACGGCCUACUUCCAAAUCUGAGGGAACGCACUGAGGGAAUAAAAAAACAUAAAUGUGUGAUAAUACAAGCAAGAGAAUGAAAAUCCAAAUGAAGAAAAAGGAGAAAACAUAGGAACCCGUGUUGCAGCGUGCAGAUAUCUUUCGAGCCAGACCUACACACCUAAGCCCGACACCACCCAGAGAAACUCGAAAGAGUCCUGUAUAUGAACUAGCUCGCACGUGCACGCAGGAAAGGCCAUGACAAUCAGCGAAAAUAAUAGCAAAUGCAAAUGAUAUUUGCAGUCAAAAAACAGAAAAAUAAGAUAACAGAAGGAUUAAGAACUUUCUAGAAGUAUCUUCUUGAAAAAAAAAGAUGAACAAUUUUUACUUCUCAUGAAAUGUCACGCAGUAACCCCACAAAUACUAUUUCUCUACGUGGAAUUUCUUGAUGGUGGAAAGUGGAAAAAACAUUUUCCAGUCUUUUUUUCUGGAAACAUGGCGUAGUUAAUGAAUUUAUGGGGCUAUUGUUAUUUCCAUCAAAUAAGGGGGGCAGAGUUUCCCGUCAUGCGCGGUAUGGAAAAGCCGAAGUUUGUUACACUCGGGAACUUGUACGUCAACAAGCAGGCGACAUGUGACUUUAAAAUCUCCUCUCCUGUUACAGUUUCCUUAUUGUAAACUGUGCGAUAAUGAUAAUAGACGAUCAAAGUAUAGGCUAAUGAAUUUUUUGUUCUGUACAAGAGCCCUAUGUCCUGAUUUAAGCAAAUCUUGAAAGUAAUAAACGACUGAAGAAAGAAACGCAACGAUUUCCCCAUUGAUUUUUCGUCAACAUGCAUCUUUCUAAACGUGAAAUUUUCCAUUCCUAUAAAAAAAUCUCGAAUGUUUUUAACAUUUUUCACCUUUCUUGAUCAAUCAUCUUGUAUAAAGAACUAAAAAAUGUAGUUUUAUUUUAUCAAGUGACCGCCUAGAGCAAGAAGUGCGUGACAGGUGUAGUUGAGAGAAACUUGUCACAAUCGCAGAUUUUAAAAGGUAUCCAAGACAAAAAUACGGUAGUGCCCAAAGAUUUUUUUGAUGAUUUUCAGAGAUGAAAUAAAGGGUAAUUAAGAUUAGUGUUGUAGCUUUCUGGCAACGGGAGAUAUUUGACCUCAAAGUUGUAAAAUAUUUAGAUUAAUCGAAAAGUCUAAAAACACAGUCGUAUAUUUGCCUCUGUUGAUUGACAAGCCGUCAAUCAAACUGACUGAUGCUCGCGGCGGCCAUUAACUAAGGAUGUAAAAAUAUGUGUGCAAAUCCUCAAAGUAAUCAGUUAAAUACCAUCGCAGUGAGAGCUUCAUAUAUUUUACCUAUUUGAAGCGAUUUCAUUAGUGAAAACCAAGAAAAACCGGGGGAUAGUCUAUCUCCCCACGGAAAAAACCAAAACAGAAACCAGUCUGUUUUUUUUAGUUUUGGGGUAGAGCCUUUAAACUGACAAAGUUUCAUUGAAAUCGGUGAGAUGGCAUGUAGCACGACCGCCUGGUGCUCUCGUGGACACGCUCUUAAGUCACUAUCUAGCUGUUUUAGAAAGAAGGAUCAGGUUACCUAACUCUUAGUGUUUUUGUGGGAGUUGUUGAUCCCAAUUUAAGUGUUCUUAGAAGUUUCAGUUGUCUGUAAAGCAAAAUAAAUCUAACUGAAACCUAAUAGGGCCUGUUUAUUCUUUUCCGUUUAGUUUCUUUGUUUUAUUUUGUUUUGUCUUUUUUUUUCUUCUGGUCUGUAAUGAUUUCAAUGGUUUCAGGUUCUUUUCUCAGAAUUGAGCUACAGUAAAGUAUGCUUCUUUGUAUUUUUGCCUACAGGAGCCGCUGCUUGUCUUGAAUUGAAGAGAUUUGAAGAAGCAAUCAGUUGGUGUGAUAAGGGACUAGUUGUAUCCUUUGAAGGAAUCGUUCAUUUUUAACCGUGGGUAUAAAAAAUAAAGUUUCCACAAUUUGAUGUUUCAAGGGAGAAAAUACAAAGAAGGGUAUUAAUUAUGAUGGGAACUUGUCAGCUCAUAUACUUUAAGUGUGUGUGAUUAAAAAUAUAGGAGACUUUAUCACCUCAUGACUUAUUAAUGAAAUUACUCCUUUUAGCCAAUUUGACUUAGUUCUACUAUCCAUGCCAAUAACUGUUACAUUAGUUUAAAUAACCCUUUAAUUUCCAGACCAAAUUUGUCUAGAAACGAUAAUAACAAAGUAGUUUGCAUUUAAAAAGCAGCAAUGUUUUUAUCAUAACAAGGUCACCCUUUAUCAUCCCUCUUGUUCAGAGGCUUGGGAACCAAGCACGCAAAUGUUAAAAUGGACUAUUACAUAUCUUUUUUGUUUUUUCCACAUUUUUUACCCUUAACAUAAAAAAGAUUGACAAAACCAAUAGGAUCUUGUUGUCAUUAAGACUUCAGUCUGUCAGUGAAGUGGGAGAUAAGUCCAUGGAGGAAAAAGAUCCUAUUAGUCAUGACCAUGGUAGUGCAAGUUCAGGUGAUGUCAAGAAAGUCAUAGAUCUCUAUAAUCGGGGAGAAGAAGCCAUAGAGUACCUCAACCUAUAUCUUAAAAAAGCUAAAGAAGUAGGAGACAAGCAUGGGGAGGGUAACGCUUAUGGCAGUCUUGGCAAUGCUUAUCACCGUCUGGGUGAUUUCAAAAAAGCCAUAGAGUACCACAACCUACAUCUUAAAAUAGCUAAAGAAGUAGGAGACAAGCAUGGGGAGGGUAACGCUUAUGGCAAUCUUGGCAAUGCUUAUAUUAGUCUGGGUGAUUUCAAAAAAGCCAUAGAGUACCACAACCUACAUCUUAAAAUAGCUAAAGAAGUAGGAGACAAGCAUGGGGAGGGUGGUUCUUAUGGCAAUCUUGGCAAUGCUUAUAUUAGUCUGGGUGAUUUCAAAAAAGCCAUAGAGUACUACAACAUAAGUCUUAAAAUAGCUAAAGAAAUAGGAGACAAGCAUGGGGAGGGUAACGCUUAUGGCAGUCUUGGCAAUGCUUAUCGCCGUCUGGGUGAUUUCAAAAAAGCCAUAGAGUACCACAACCUACAUCUUAAAAUAGCUAAAGAUAUAGGAGACAAGCAUGGGGAGGGUGCUGCUUAUGGCAAUCUUGGCAAUGCUUAUCGCCGUCUGGGUGAUUUCAAAAAAGCCAUAGAGUACCACAACCUAGAUCUUAAAAUAGCUAAAGAAGUAGGAGACAAGCAUGGGGAGGGUGCUGCUUAUGGCAAUCUUGGCAAUGCUUAUAUUAGACUGGGUGAUUUCAAAAAAGCCAUAGAGUACCACAACCUAGAUCUUAAAAUAGCUAAAGAAGUAGGAGACAAGCAUGGGGAGGGUGCUGCUUAUGGCAAUCUUGGCAAUGCUUAUCACCGUCUGGGUGAUUUCAAAAAAGCCAUAGAGUACCACAACCUACAUCUUAAAAUAGCUAAAGAAGUAGGAGACAAGCAUGGGGAGGGUAACGCUUAUGGCAGUCUUGGCAAUGCAUAUAUUAGUCUGGGUGAUUUCAAAAAAGCCAUAGAGUACCACAACCUACAUCUUAAAAUAGCUAAAGAAGUAGGAGACAAGCAUGGGGAGGGUGCUGCUUAUGGCAAUCUUGGCAAUGCUUAUAUUAGACUGGGUGAUUUCAAAAAAGCCAUAGAGUACCACAACCUACAUCUUAAAAUAGCUAAAGAAGUAGGAGACAAGCAUGGGGAGGGUGCUGCUUAUGGCAAUCUUGGCAAUGCUUAUGACAGUCUGGGUGAUUUCAAAAAAGCCAUAGAGUACCACAACCUACAUCUUAAAAUAGCUAAAGAUAUAGGAGACAAGCAUGGGGAGGGUGGUGCUUAUGGCAAUCUUGGCAAUGCUUAUAUUAGUCUGGGUGAUUUCAAAAAAGCCAUAGAGUACCACAACCUACAUCUUAAAAUAGCUAAAGAAGUAGGAGACAAGCAUGGGGAGGGUGGUGCUUAUGGCAAUCUUGGCAAUGCUUAUAUUAGUCUGGGUGAUUUCAAAAAAGCCAUAGAGUACCACAACCUACAUCUUAAAAUAGCUAAAGAAGUAGGAGACAAGCAUGGGGAGGGUGGUGCUUAUGGCAAUCUUGGCAAUGCUUAUAUUAGUCUGGGUGAUUUCAAAAAAGCCAUAGAGUACCACAACCUAGAUCUUAAUAUAGCUAAAGAAGUAGGAGACAAAUCCUUUGAGGCAAUAGCCUACUCUUCACUAGGAUGCGUUUUUGAGUUGCAAGGUGGACUGCCAAAAGCCGUUGAACAUUAUCGAGCUAGCAUAAACUUAUUCAAUUCCUUGAGAGUACUUCUAAAAUCUAAAGAUGAGUGGAAAGUUAAUUUUCGAAAUCAGCAUCAAAUGGCGUAUACGGGUUUGUGGAGAGUUCUCGUAGAACAAGGUAAUGUAGAUGAAUCCUUAUUUGUUGCUGAGAAAGGACGAGCUCAAGCUCUGACCGACCUCAUGGAAUCCAGUUUUUGUGGUGGAACAAGUCACCACAAGGGAGAAGAUGAAGAUUGUGAAGUUUUAAAAAACGUUCCAUCAAACACUGUCUUUCAGGCAGUGGACAAAGCUAACGUCAAUCUUUGGGUUGUUUCCGAAGGAAAACAAGUUCGGUUAAGACAAAGUAAACUCAAAGGUUUUGUUUCAGAGAAUAGUGGAGUUAGCCAGUCCUUUGAGUCGUUCAUGCUCGGUGUCUAUACACAACUUGGUGUUCGUUCUAAUGUGAGAUGCGAGAAUCGAUCUUUAGAUGCUUUGAGGGAGGGCCGUUCAAAAGUGCAUGAGAAAACCAAAGAAGCCAACCCUCAACCUCACAUCCAACAAGACGGAUGCUUGAGCACUUUGUAUGAUAUCGUUAUGAAGCCGGUGGCUGACUUGAUUGAAGGGGAUGAGCUACUCAUUAUUCCUGAUGGACCCCUGUGGAUCGCUCCUUACGCUGCAUUGAAGGAUGGUAAUUCUAAAUACCUGUGUGAAUCCUUCAUAAUCCGAGUCGCUCCAUCGUUAGCAAGUCUUAGACUCAUUGCCGAUUGCCCAGAUGAUUAUCACAAAAGCAGUGGUGCGUUACUUGUAGGAGAUCCGUGGGUAUCCGAGGUUACUAACAGCGAGGGAGAGAAAGUCCUCGAGCAGCUUCCGUGUGCUAAAGAAGAAGUAGAAAUGAUCGGAAAAAUUCUGAAUAUCACGCCAAUCACUGGCAGACAGGCCACGAAACGUGAGGUGUUGAAAAGACUCAGUUCCGUUUCCUUAGUUCACUUUGCGGCACACGGAUGUCCGGAAACUGGCGAAAUUGCUCUUACACCUGACCUAGACCGAAUAUCUACUGUGCCUACGGAGAAGAAGGAUUACAUUUUAACGAUUCGAGAUGUGUUGAAUGUUCAACUUCGCGCCAAACUUGUUGUGCUCAGUUGCUGCCACAGUGGUCGGGGCGAGAUCAAGGCUGAAGGUGUGGUUGGCAUUGCGCGCGCUUUUAUGGGAGCUGGUGCUCGGUCUGUUGUGGUGUCCCUGUGGGCGAUUGAUGACGAGGCUACUCUCCAGUUCAUGAAAUGCUUUUAUCAACACCUUGCAGGAGGUAAACCUACAAGCAAGUCACUGAACCUGGCCAUGAAAAGCCUCAGAGAAUCAGAUGCGUUCCACGACAUCAAAUACUGGGCGCCCUUUUUGCUGAUUGGAGAUGACCUCACGUUUGACCUGAUGGCAAAGGAAAGUGAAAAUUUGAAUAGAAAAUCAAAUAAAUGAGAAAAUGUUUUUUUUCAUCUCAAAAGAAUGAAGUAGGAACUUGGAAGGUUUAAAUGUUUCUCUAUUUUAAACAAUUUUUGGUUAUUUUUCUUUACUUUUAAUUUUUUUGUUAAAUGGAACUUGAGAUGUGCAACUAACCCUAAGCAAGAAAUAAACCAGUUUAUUUCAUUAUAUUUUGAUUAGUGGAAUUGUCAUUUUUUGUUACUUUAACAAAUUUACAUGCUUGCGAAGAGAACGAAAUGUAACAAGGCCUCUGUUAUGAACGAGGUUUCCAUUUCCACCAACAUGUCACUCAGCUCUAUUCCUGUAUUACAAUCAGUUGUAUGGAAAAUAAUUUAAAGUUUAUUUCUUUUACCCAACCAGGGGCUUUUCCACCGGAUUUUAAUUACCUUUAUGCUCUAAGCUUUUGAUAAGCAAAGAAACAAUUUGUCAUUUGCAAAAGUCGGCGAAUUUUUAUUUGUAAAACUUUGAUUGAAUAUGUAUGUGAAUUGAAUAUGUGAAUUGAUCUUAGACCGUUUUCUACAUCAUAAAUUACUUUGUUACAAUUUACCUUCAUCUUUACAAAAAAAUUGAUUACUAUUUUGAACUCAAUCCAUUUUAAUGCAAUCUAGUUCUGUCAGUGCCAAGAUUGCCAUUCUAAGCUUAAUUUGAAGAAGUAAACAUCAGAGAUGAUGUUAUUAAAUUUACUAACCAUAUGUUAGAGACAUUACACCUACUUUUAGGGGUGUAGCCAGCCUCUAGACCCGUAGACCCGGCCUACAAUUGUUUUCUGCCCGCCUGACUUUUAUUAAAAGAUAAUAUGACUCUUGCAAAUGUUGAAAUAAAAAUUGAAAUUUGUGAGGGAAGAGGCUUACAUUUAGUCAAAAAGCUGGCUACAACCCUGUUUUCAAUCAAACGAGUCUGGCCGAUUUUUGUCCGUUUUACCAAACACUUCUCCGUUCGUUUUAAAGAACGACGACAGAGAGGCUAAAAAUUGUCCAUAUAAUCUAAACUAGGAAAGAGGGACGCAGAGUUCACUAUAAUUAAAGUUUCCAUAGGUGUGACUUUUAUUGUAUGUGACAUUGAAUUUGUUGUUUCUAGUACGACAAUAUUUACGCUCAUAAAUGAGAGAAGCAGUUAACGUAAGCCAUGUAGUCUUCAAUGGGAAUUAUUUUGGUGAAAAGGCUCAUGAAUUAAUGUAAACCUAGUGCGUAGUUGAAAACGUUCAGGGCUUCAGGAUAAAACUUCUAAUUGUUGAAAAUCACCUCUUGAAAUUUUUUCAUCGCUUUUAAUUUACCUCAGCAUGAUUUGAGGAUGUCUGGUGAUAUGCGUGGUUGAAUUUAAUGUAACUAGGAUUUUAAAGACAUGCUGGGACAGUUUCAACUAAACAUGGUUUGUAUAAUGUCGGUGUAUUUCGUGUGAAGUGUUUUGAUGCUAUUUUAAGUUGAAGAUAAUUGUUAAUUUACCUUAGUUUAUAUUAAUUAACUCAUGAACUCCCAAGUUCUGAAGAAAAAUUCUCCUAACUGAUAAGAAUGUGUUUCUCUUUGCUGCCGCUUGUUCCGAGAAUUCGAUGUAACAUGUUUCUAGGAAAAGAUUAUCCUCCAGUAUGGAUUUUCUCGAAUUGUUAUUGACUCCAUGUUUGUCGGUGUAUUAAUACCGUGAGGAGAAUUUAAAUUAUGAUCAGUCUUGGGAGUAAAUGGGUUCAUUUUAGCGUCUCCCUUUCGCGCGUAUUUUACUUAAUGCCUUGAACGUUUUAAUGCAUUAUUAUUGUGCUUUUUUUACUUCUUUGUGUAAGAGAAAUAUACAGUGUAUAAAAUACAAAAACUGCGUUGAUUUACAUUGUCUGUCUCCAUCUCUUAUCUUUUUCCUCACACAAGUUUUUACACCUUUUCAAAUUUGCGCAUCCCUUUUUUUUCUCCUUCCUCUGGUUCCUUCAUUUUUUUUUUUCAUCGCAAUUUUCCUUUAUUCCUAUCUUUACACGCACCUCUUUUAUCGCCCUCAACUUUAUUCUUCUGCGCUUCAUAGGACGCGACUAUCUCCUUGUCUGUUUCAGUUUUCACUCAUCUCAAUCUUCGCGCAACGUCUGGCUUCUUACAACUCAUAUACCUCGUUACUCCCCCAUAGUAGUUGUGAUCAUGCGUAUUAUGUCCACUCUGGGACGGUGUCCUCUUAAAGUCAUCUCUAGUAAAAUCUCAGAUUUCCUUUCGAUCGAUUCCUAGUCCACAGGGUGCCAGUGCUUGCUCUCCUCGGUCCUCUCAUCAUAAUAGCAGUUAUAAAGUGGAAGAGCUCCCUCCAAGUCUCGGCGACAUAAUCGGUGCAUUUAGUCGGAAACGAGUCCCUCAAUGUCCAAAUUAAGGCUUCUUCUAUCAUCUGAUUGGGAAUGGGUCAAACUCUCGCCCCGGGUCCACCUACAAUGCGAAUCCAAGAUGGAGGCAGGCCAAUCCACAGCCGGACUCUACUGAGUCGGUAGCCGCCAUCUCGGAUGUAGACGCAGAGAAGACCCUGAGGAAGAGUUUCGACAUAACAAGAUUUAAGAAAGGAUAAGUUACAAUAGUGCUUAGAGAGAUAGUCGAUGACAAUUUGAGAGAUUCAUUGUAAGCGACCACGUUCUGUCGAUUAUUAAACUCCAUGUCUCCUCGAAUACGCACUCCUGUAUGCCCCUCUUCCCCUUCCCUAUACAUCCCUGUACUGCAAGUUUUAUCAUCAUACAGCACAAUACAACAUUAUAUCCCAGAGUAGCACUGUAAAUCCGUAAAAUGCAGUAACUAGACAACACUUCACAACAAUAUGUACCCCUAGAUAGCACUAUGCUUCCCUCUACUGAAUUUUAAAUCACCAUACAGCGCUAUAUAAACAAUUGUUCCAAUUUGGCGCCAAAAUAAGUGCGAAUAUUUGUCCGCGGUCAAUUUCUCGAAUUUUCUGUUCCAAGAUGCGGAAGCUGUGAGCCUCGAGGAACAGAUAAUAUCCAAGGACAAAUAUCCGUACAUAUUUUCGCGCAAAAAAGACGCUAUUGCGUUUUUUAUCCUUCAAAUAUUUUGCAAUGCACGUGAAAAAUGUUAAUGAACAGCUUACUGAAUUGAAUACUCGAUGAAAACCUCUGCGUCGUUUAAAGAAAACACAGCAUUUUCCAGCGCAGUCAUGACUCGUCUGACGUGAAGAUACAGAGAUCGAGAGUUGAUUAUGGCUUCAAGUUUCAAACCCGUCAAGGCGGGAAAUAUGUCUUGAAUUCUUGGGUUGAACUCAAAAAGUCUGAAACAAAAUCAUUCAUGAUUAUCGUUAUCAAUUCUGAAUGAUUGAAAUUCGAUCCACGUUUACUUUACAUAAUAAAUUUUACUGCCAUUUUGCCAGUUAUACAAAGAAAUCAAGACACUGAGCAAUACCCACAACAAGACACAGCUACAGUGUUGUGAAUCUCCAUCCCCAUCUUCAAUAGAACUAUGCUAUCACGAAGGUAGUGCGCGUGCGUUUGCAUUUUAAAGUCACUUUAGCACAAAAUAAGGACCCGAUUGGCGAGAAUACAGGCUAAACAACACAACAGCGCUGGUGCUUUUUGUGUUUUGGCGUUUGCUCUCUAAAAAGUCCGAGAAAAUUUUUUCGCUGUCUAUUAAAUUAUUGAUUGUUUUCAUUUCUCUGGUUCUUCUUUAAAACCGGAACUCGGUUCUUAGCGACUUGUUCAAGUACUGCUCUUAUUUAAGAGUGCUUAUUUAACUAUAUUUUUCGACUAUAUCAACUCUAGGCACCCUAACAUCAAGUUCACUAUGGAAAAGCAGUUUAAUCACAAAUUACCCUUUUUAGAUGUCCUGAUUGACAACCAUGACCCAGUUCCUCUCUAACUAGGAUUUACCGCAAGAAAACUUUCACUGGGUUACUAACUAAUUAUUUCGGCUUCACCUCAUACUCUUACAAAGUGGGUCUCAUUAAGACACUCGUUGAUAGGGCUUACAAGAUUAAUAGCACCUGGUUAGGGUUUCACGAGGACAUUAACAAACUUACUGAUAUUCUAAAAAAGAAUCUUUUCCCUGCUCAUUUAAUUAAUCGAGAAGAUUAUAAACCGUUUCAUUACUGGGACUCAAAACAAUCAUCAUCCCCGGGGUUCCCCUCCCACCACUUCACCUACGUUCUACUUUAAGCUACCCUACAUGGGCCACUUUUCUGCUAUCACUCAAAAAAAGAUCCGCCAUUUAUGAAGCGCUAUUGCAAUGACUUGGAUAUCAAACUGGUUUUCUCUUCCUUCAAAAUCGAUAACUUGUUUGGUGUUAAAGACCCUGUCCCUGACGGGCUCCGUUCACGAGUGGUCUAUAAGUAUGUGCUGGUGUAAUGCCUGUUACAUCGGUGAAACCUGCCGGAAUUUUUUCACACGUGUUAGAGAGCACUUAGUAAGUGACAAGGCCCCUCACAUUUUCAGGCAAUGAAAGAUUCUCCGCACUGUCGCGCUCUGUGUUCAGCAGAUAACUUCCAUGUUUUAGAUCACGCCUCCACCGGUUUUCAGCCUAAGAUAAAAGAGGCUAUUCGUUUUCAAAGAGAACAACCAUCUUUGAAUCAACAAUUACACCAUGUAAAUCUAAAACUAUAUUUUUAAUUCUCACACUUACAUGCUUUACCUCUACUUACUAUAUAAUUCAACUUUCAACGCUUUGUACAGAAAUUAACUGAAGAUGACAGAAGUUUCUGUCGAAACAUGUUUUACAAACUCAAAAGUUUUGUCGCUUUCUUUAAAUUCUUGACUUGCCUGCUAAUAUCAAGACCCUUUAAAACACUUACCGUUUAAACACUUUCUUUCCUAUGACGCUCUUAAUACGCUCAAUGAGCUGCCAGAAUUCUCUUAAAAUGCAUUUUUGUUCGUGACAGUUCGUGUGACAGCGGAAUGUCUCUGAUUCUUGAAGUCGAUGUUGCCGUAGCAACUGAGACUUCUAUUUCGAUUCUGUUAUUUCGCGACGCAAAACAACCCAUGGCAUUUACAGUUUGACUAUUAAACCUAAAAUGAAGAUGUGUAGACACUGGCUGAAUAGAUUAAUGAAUCCAGCUGCUUUCCCUUAAGAAAGCUGUCAUACGCUGUGAUGAUGGGUGGUGUAUAAAAACUCUGACGUUAUCUGUGCAAAACGUUUGUCUUUACAUCGACCAACAUCUUGACUUGUUGUUCACACUAACUGAAAAGGGAAAAAUUCCGAAUUUCAGGCGAAUUUACUCAUUCUAUAAGUCGCGAAGUAGGAAAUUAAGAGUGUCCCACCUACCAGAAAAAAUUGAUCCGUGGAACAUUUGCGCCAAAAUGUCCGAAAAAUUAAUAAUACCUGUACAAGACAAAGGGAUUUUUGAUAAUAUCUUUGCUUCGACUAGUCAAAUGAUGAUAUGAGCCCUUGAUGUGACAUAAUUAUAAAUGACGUCAUAAACUUGGGCUCCAGGCCUCUGCAGUGAUCAUGAUGCUGACGAAUAAUACGAUGAACUUAUGUUUGUAACGUGAAAAUUUUACAUUUUGGGAUUUUAAAUUACGCUUUGGCAUCAGUUCAUGUCUUGUGUGAGCAAAUUUUUUUUGGGUUGAGUCGAUGAAAUUAUCUACUGAGAACUUCUAUUUACGAUUUCUUGUUCAACCCGACAGAAAAAAAACGAAGGAAGGAAACCGUGGAGAACAAUUCUCAAGCGAAAUCUUCACGCCACUCAAUGAUGUUUUACAAUGUAAAAGGAAAGAAGAGCUCAAAAGAAACUUAGGAAAGAAAGCAGGCCAGGGACACGCUCCAGAGGUUCAAAAAUGGUGAGGAUCUGAGCGGUAAUUAUAAACGACAACAUAAAACAUUAAAUCUAAACUACCAUAACUUACAACUUAGUUCUUUUUUAUUUAUUCAGCACUACGUCUAAAAGGAGAAUUGAGAGGUAUGUAUCUUUGCAUCAUAAAGAGAGUGGCUUUCUAUUCUCGAAACCCCCACGGAUUACUGCUGCUGGAGUCUGUGCAAGGUCAGUCCAACUAACCUGAGGUCGGUAUAUACUCAUUGCACACCUCAUGAGAAAAUGAUGGGACAGGGAGGGAAAAUCAGGGCGUUGGCUAAAUAUAUCGAUUUCAAUUCAGUUAUUUUCAGAUUGAAGCGGGAAGCAUUGUGGUUUCCUAAUUUAGUUUCUUUAUUGUUAAAGUCUAAGAUUAAAAGAGCCAAUCUCCUCGCUGUUUGCCAAUUGUAUUCACUGGCGACUGCGGCUUACUGAGAGAGGCUGAAUGUUUUUCGACACGAAUGCGAUGCGUGACAUGUGCAAGUAAAAUAACAUGACAACCGUUCAAGACUGAAAACUAUGAAUAAUGCUGUCCCAUUAUUUUCCGUUGACGUCUCUAAUGCACGCAAAUCUAAUAAAAGGACUGUUAAAGGGCUGUGAAAGAGAUUGGAUAAGUUGUUGGUAGGAUAAGAUCGUAGCUAUUCUGAUGAGUCACUAUGACUUGAGGUGGCAAAAGUCAUCUGAUUGUGCUUGUGUCAUUACUUUAAUGGAAGAGAUUCUUCCAUAUUUGAAAGGUUGAAAAUAUAUCGAUGAAAAGCAAAAAAAUAGUUUUCUGAAUGCGAAAUCCUUCGUACGCUUUAAUCUUUAGUUCAGUAUAUAUGUCCUAUAUUUGUACGGGUACUUCAAGGAAUGGCGUCAAAAUCCACGAUGGUCCCUCUCCUUCAUCCUGGCCUUGCUCCUCCCCCUCAGUGGCCUGCAGGCGGAAGUGACCGGUAUAGUUGAGACGAAUGUCCUUGAUAAUCAGCUGCAAAACAGGAUAAGUGGAGAUGCCCACUCUUGUAGGUGCGGUAAAGGACAACUGCAGUGGUGUCGUUGAUGUUACACUCGAGGAAGGUGAACAGUAACAAAAACCAUGUCCAGGGAAGGUGAAGAAAUUGGUAAACACAAGAUCGCUAAGGUGUUUCGCGAUCGUGGUAGCCAGACGAGGUUGCGUUCACUAUCUAUCUCUAGGGACGCAGAGAGUUUGAAUUCACAUUUCCAAUUCCAAGUGAGUUGAAAACGCGCGCAAAUGUUUUAAGCUAAUCUUACAAAGCUAUUGUUCAUUAAACUGAGCUAUGCUGACAGUCUCCUUUAUAGGAGAAAGCAAUUUAAAACUUUAGCAUGGAGGCUACGCGUACUCUUUUCUAGGAACUAGGGAAGGAGCGCCAAGGAAGACUUUUUAGUUGAUUGAUGUAUGUCUUCAUUAAACAUUUUUUGUGACUCAUGUCAUAUUAAUUAAUGUUCACCUCUCCUUUUCAGAUUUUCGUUAUCCACGCAUAUACACCCGUCAAAGGAUUCUUUACAAAACGAUUUAAUCUAGUAGAGUAUCUCUAUCUAAUCCGAAGAGCUAAUGAUAAUUCUAUCACUUCAAGAGACUUUAACCCUUUAACUCCCAAGAUCUGAUUGUUAAUUCUCCUCUCUCGCUGCUACACAUUUCCUUUUAAAUUGCUUACGAGAAUUUGGUGUUAGAUCAUAAUAAUGACUUCUACCUGAUAAGUUUGGGUAUUCCCAUUACCUGUUUGCAAAAUACUGUAUAGUUAUAAUAGGGAGAAGUUACAUGUUAAUCACAUCUGGAAGUUAAAGGGUUUAAAGUUAUUUAAUUAAGGCAAACACAAGGUAACUGUUAGAUAAUCCUUAAGUAGUACAUGUAAUGUUAUUCAUAUGUUAUGCAUGUAAUGUUUCACUAUCUUCGAUUGUUGAAAGGUGAAUAAACGCAUUGAAAUCAAAAUUGAUUUCCUUCAGGCUCUGCUCACUGAACUACAAGUCUGCUGUCAGAUGAUUAACGUGGACGCUAUUUUGGUCCCUUAAAUUUCUCAUUUUUAACUCGUGAAUUGCGCGCAUGCGCAAGAGCGAGUUAUAGAUACGAUGUGGGGAAUGGCAUUCGCUCGCUCGCUCGAUUGGUCGAUUCCUGUAAACUUUUUUUAGAUUUUAGGCUUUUGAGUGCAUUUGAUAGUUUUUGGCGAGCAAUAAACAGACGAAAUGGCGACCUUUGUUGCUAAGAAUAGUGGUGGGGUGAAAAAGGAGCCAAUGAUAAUCUUAAAAGAGUUUUUUUUUUCGUUUUAGUUUCAACAAGCGGCGCCAGCGACUGGCAGGCAUGCAAGGAUUCACACUGAAAUAACAGAACAACCUUCGUUUUUCAUAAAAUUGUAAUUUACAAUCCUUGAACUUGAAAACAAUCCGAAGGUUCAUUGAAAAUAUCACUUACCGCGAAGCGCUCGGAGUUUACAGAUGUUCAAAAGCUUUUUCUGUUGUGGCGUGAGAUUGUGGACAAAAUUAAUCAUUACGUUUCGUCGCGUGUGUUUUUCCUGUGUGAAGCAACAGAGAUGCCGGCGACUGACGAAAUAACAAGCUAACACGAAAAUCAAUAACACCGAAACAAACAAUUUUAGCUACCGAUUUUCAGUGAAUUUUUAAAGAACAAUUUUUUUUUAAGUUUCAAGACAGUUUGAAGAUUCAACAUACAUACAACGUACUAAAAUGCGAAAGUUACACACCACAAAAUUGAUAAAUAGGCCUGAAAUGAAAUUCUAUCUUGUUAUUGAGUAUACGUUGCCUAGCACGUGACUUAAAUCUACUUAGGUGGAGAUCCAAAAUGACGGUGGCAGGCUUGGCUUAGUUAUAUCACUCAAAACUCGUUUCCGUUUGUCUCAUUUGACAAAGAGGGAAUCGUUAAUGUUUUCAUUAAGACAGUAUUGCCUUGAUUUUCUAAUAUUUAUAACGAAAGACAGUAAAUUUCACUUUUCACCCACAUUUACUUCCAACCUUUUCUUUUGAACCAGAAAAAAAAAAUGAUAGACGUUUAAAACACAUGGCAUCAUCCACCCUGUCAAAUGUAAUAGCAUGAUCAUUUCAAUUGUAAUGCCUUCUUAUCCCAACGUUACUUUGUUUCUUUGCUACAUUAGCGAACACUGAACUACUGCUCGUACUCUAGAUAUGACAAUCAACCACACAAUUCCCUAAACCAGAUAACAUUAAACAUAAUCUAAAAAAUCAUGUGUCAAUUCACGAGUUUGCUCACAGAGCACUUUGAUUCAAUAUAUGCGUCAGCAACAGAAAUGAGAUUCAUGAAACAGGGACGCAUUUUGGAACAAAAAUCAUGGCAAUAACUGGUGUCGGUCGCAAAGGUAGAACGGACGAUUACUGGUCAUUCUGAUUUUUCGGUCAUUGCUAACGUAAUUUAAUUUUAAUUGCGGUCAUUAAAGCAUCAUCCUAGGCAGACUCUUGCAAAAGUUUCACCAAAACUGCAGAAACGUGAAGAUAUUGGCUUCAACGCACAACAUUGGAGUUAUAUCAAGGUGAAAAAAUAAAUUUUGAUUUCAAUCCAGCCUUUUUAAUUUUCUCAAACACACUUGCAAGUGCAAUGACAACUGAAUGUUUUUAAUAAAGACGAAAGACAGCUGCUCAUCCCAUUUGGCGCAAUUUUCGAUCGAGCGUCGAAAAUAAUCCGAGAUUUACUUUGCCACGCUCUGUGAUUGGUACAGAAAACUCUCGCUCCUUUCGCAACCAAUCAGAUGCAACGCUAAACCCAAUCGUGACUUGUACCCUCGCAUGUUCCCGCGAUUUUUGCAGUCUGCUUUUUUCUUCCCUGAAUUCAUAUUGGUUCUUUGAGAUAACUUCCUCUUCUCUGAUUGGCUGAAGAAAUUACUUCGGCUUUGAUUUCAUGACAAUCAAUUACUUUUGGUAAUUCUGUUUCUUUCUCUCUAUGCGAUCGACAGAGAAAAUGGCUUUGACGAAUUGUAAAUAGCUUGUUCCUCGUCUGGUCAGUAAUGCACAUGGCAUAGUAUUCGUGUUUUCGUGUUUCAAGCGAAAUUGUUAGUUAAUUCUUUUGUUUCCAAUUAACAUAUAAACGGGUUUAAACCCUGAUGAUCCAAUUCCAUUUUAUUUUUAAUACUGAGACUGCGUGCUCUCUUUGUUACGUACUUGUUCAAACGCAUCUAAUUCAGUGUUUAAAAUAAUAAGAGGUGAGGUUGAUUCAAAGGAUUGCUCCUAAUCUAACCUGAACUGAUCAACAAGGAUCUUUACAUUCAAUAUUUCACUUAAUUAUAUCAUAAAUCAGUGAAAAAUAUCUAUAUUUUCGCCGUAAACAGAAAUGAAAAGAAGUAUAUCGACAGUUUCGCUGUUUGCAGUGACUCAGACAACGACUAAACUGACAAGUUGUUCAAUCAAUUGAUUUAUGCAUACAGUAUUUCAUUUUCGUCAAACGCUUAAACGUUAAUUCAUAUGAUCAAAUUCCGUUCAAACAAGGUACAGAAAUCAACAAGGAAACUGCUUUGCAUGGAACAUUGACUCGAAAGACUGGAAAAGAAAGGAAAUCUAAUUUCAAAAAGGGUCUAAAUAUCUUGAAGUUUUCCUCUUAAGAAAUGACAAUUGGAAAAUACAGCUAACUAAUGAUUAACACGGGUUCUCUUAGCUGCGGAGUAUCACUGUCUUAUUUCCUUCCCAAGAAGCUGAGGCGUAAUAAGGUUUGUCAAGAGAUAAUUCGCAGGAGAGCGAAUGGAAGGUAUGCUGAAAAAUUAUAUCAGUAUCAGGGUAAACUGUAUUGAUCAUACACGAUUGUCUGGUGAUCAAAGAAACCAAUCACAAGUGCCACAUACGUAAAAGCUGGUUUAGCUUACGGCGAAGGCACUUAAAGAGCGUGUUACUGUAUUUACCAUAACAGUUGUAAUCUUUUAAGUUCUCAAGAAUAAGAAUUAGGGUAAAAAAAACUACCGUAUAUUCGGUUAAAAGUGAUGGAGUCUUUCGACCGCUUAGGGGUGCAGCUGAUAUCAAUGGGAAACUCUUUGUAAUAUUUUUCUUAUAUUUGUUUCAUUAUAAGGUCAACUUAAUUUUAUCCUAUCCUAGUCAGGUGGUGUUGACAUUGGCAUGACAACUUGUAUUGAGAUACGCCGGCCACUGUUGCAGGAAUCAGCCGAUUGCUACUGGCAUUUUUUUCCAGGACAAAGACAAAGAAAUCCGUAUCAUGUAAAACUCUCAGGACUGGCUUUCAGUUUGUUGUUGUAUCAGUGCAAAACAGAUGCGGCUUUCCCUUUUUCAGAGGAUGUCACGAUGGUGUGGCUGGCUUCGCUAUGUAUUUUCACCACUAUCUCUAUAGCUGCCCUUCAGAAUGUUCCGCAGUUCCCCGGUUACAAGGCAAUCUUACAUCGGCUCAAAUACGUUCCUUCAUUUUGGACUUUAAUAAUCCUUUUGACCGUCGCCUUGUUUCGAUAUGUUAAGCUACUAAUUUCUAUCAAAUCUUUGUCAUCUUGGGUCGUAAUUGUUUGCUUGAUGAUAAGUUACAUUCUGAGAACUUUGGUCGUGGGAUUUUUAAAUUACACCAGGUUAAACUCCCUAAAGCAGAAAUAUCCCAUUUACAUUUUUGUUAUAUCUAAACUGACAGUGUUCUUGUUUUUCAUUGUUACCUUUAUCAAUCUCAUGGCUACCCUUUUGGCCCUGAGUGUGGAAAUCCGUUAGAUGCAUAAAACAGAUCGAGCUAAGAACUCGCUCGAUUUGAAUUUGGAUACCGUAAACGAACUGCUGGAGGUCUUUGGUACAACCACUUUUAGAAUUAAGUUAAUGAAAUUCUUUUGGGAAAAGUUUUUCGUCGACGACAGGAACAUUCUUUGUUUCCAUAUACCUUUGGAGUGAGAAAGACAGCGAAAAUCGAGAGAGUUUCAUUCUCGUCCUCAGAGCCACUCGUUUUCGCUUACUCUGAUCACUUGACAAGCUCACUGAAAUGAUUGCGCUCACUUAGAGCGCAAAAAGUUUUGCCUUUUUUUUUUUUUUACAAUUCCUGCUUCUUGUUGCUACCCUUACCUCUUAUGUAGAUUAGUUUUUUUCAGCGAUUUUUUUUUUUCUAGUUUAAUGUUCUAAAUUUGUAUAAUUUAUUACCUUGUUUGAAUUGUUAAUGUUGGAACAGUGUGACACAUGAAAGACGCAGUGUGUAUUUUGAACCACAAAGCCAUAAUUUCGUCAUACUAUACAGCAGAAGCUCUCCACUUCCGGUUUUCCGUGUCAUGUACUUCAAGCUUGAGCCUCGGUUUUUCCCGUGAAAAAACAACUCCUAAUAUUAAGUAGCAACGCUGUUGGCAAGUUUGUAGUUUGGGUAGUUGUCUUGAGAUUUCGCGUUCGAUAAUGCUUCUGUUAAUUUUAUUUGGACCUUACUAAUCUUAAUGAGUUCCUUUGAGACAUUCCCAGAACGGAUUGAGGUGGCAAGGUUGUAAAAAAAGCUUAUAGAACAGUCAAAAGUCGCGUCCGUUUACCCGACAGGGUGAGACUUCACCAGGUUGUGUAGGAUCUUUAUACAUCGGGUAAAUGCCUUUAUUUUGAGCUUAAAUGAACUCUUUUGACGGAUUUUCUAUGAUUUCUGGUGUUGUGAAAGUCUGCUACAACUACCGAUGAUUGCUAACUUAAAUUUGAAUACUUCGUUGCAGAGAACUGCCGCUCCGCGUUAGUUUAAAACUUACCUUAAAAUGCUAAGGAAUUGACAAAAAUAUCUUAGAAAAGUAACAGUAUUUACGUAAAAAAAACCAAUAAAAUAAUAGAAACCAGGAUUCAAUAAAGGAUGCAGAAGUAGCCAUUCAGUCAAAUCUAACUUUCCUCAGGGCAAUUAUGAGAAGUUAGGUAUGUUAGCUGUGCUACAAUAAAAAAGGGAAUUCAUCACUCCAAGGUAGAUGAUGUUAAAUCUUGUCUCAAUUGACUUUAAUUCAGAGGUUGAGACCACCCUAAUGUACAUUUGAAUGCAGCGCUUGACUGCUGUGCCAUGACUUUCCAUUAUGAUCAGAAUAUUAUUUUGAGUUAGAUGAAGGACUCAAUGCUGAAUGCAAAGAAAAAUUUCAGCAUAAGUAUUUUAGUUUCCUUUUGCUCAAUGAGUGAGGUAGUGGUGUCAGAUAUGUUUAGUCACUGUCUAGCUGUUUUGAAAAGAAGUAAGGACUUAACUUAACUCAAAGCUGUAAGAGGAGUUUCCUCAUUCGUCAAGUAUAACUCAACUUCAAGUGCCAUAAUACAUGUAAUAAUAAUGUAACUUAAGAGACGGCAUGAGUAAAUCUUAUUCUUGGUGAACUUCAAACCUUAGUUUGAGUCACUUCCUAGGAAUCAAUUAUCAACGGAUUGAGUAAAUCAAAUAUGUUGACUCAAACUUAAGAGAAACUAGUAUUGGGAUCGAAUAAAAUUUUUAACUUUGUAUAUUUCAUUUUUCCGUUUUCGCAUUGAGUAGGAAUAAAAAUGGGGGUUCUGGCGCAUUUUAAUAUCCACCUUGAUUUUUAAGGCAACUCAUGAAUUUAACCUUGAAGUCAACCUUGAUUUCAAAAAACAGUUCUUGCACAUUUUGGAGACAGCCUUGAUUUCAAAGACAACUUAAAUUAUUUACCUGUGAAUAAUCUUCAUACCCUCAUCAGAAUGUCUCAUUCGUGAGUUCUGAAGAGGAUGCGAACAAUAUCAACUUGAACGAUCCUCUUGUCACGCCAUCGCGGUGUUAAUUGUUCGUUUGAAGAUUUUCAAAUAUUAACGUUGUAUCUUCUCGCAAAGAAGUCGCGGCGUGCCUUCAUUUGUUCUUCUGUCAAAAUUGUGUCUUUGUAAAUGAGAAGUUAUCUCAUAAAUAGGUCAAAAAGACUCCAUGAUCUUUCAGAAUCUUAUGAUUAAAUGGAAUCCUACAUUUGUUCUGAUGGACAUCAAUAAACUUAUUCUUCUUUACAACUCCUGAUUUCUUCAUAUCUUCCGCAUAGCAUCUGAUCUUCGAGAGAUCUUCAGACUGAAUACCUUCUCUGAACAUGCUCGUCCUCUCAUUCUCAGUCAAGAAGAGGUCCUCAAAGAGCUUGAAUAGAUCAUAACCAUCAGUGUACUGCGCGAUUUCUCCUGCGAAUUUCACAGUCAACCUGUUAACAAGAGCUCUUGCGACAUUGUUCACGGUAGACAUUGUUUGCGUGACCACUAACUGCCGAGUCAAAGAGGAGUGAAAGAGAUCCUGAUACAAGGACAACUCCUUCACUAAGAAUUUAGUUAGAAUUUGCUUUUUUGAACGAGUGCGUGACUCUAUAUCGGCAGAGAACGAGACCGCGUGAGAACUCGCAGGAAUGGAGGUGCUUCGUGACAAAAGUCACGCACUUCCGGUUUUAAGCUUGCACAGAGUUAUGGACUAGGGGACUCCCCUUUCGUUUUACAACGCGCAAUUACGAUUCUUCGUUCUAUAACGAAGCUGUCGACUCUCUCUUGGUACUUUCUCAGUCUUAGUGACUUUUUUAAAAACACUUCCAUGAUGGAUUGAGGAAGCAAGGUCGUAAAGCAGUCAAACGUGCCUUCCAUUUCCUCGACAGAGGUAAGAACGUAUGGUUGUAUCAGAUUUUUGAAUGUAAGGUAAAUACUUUUAUUUCGCAUUUCUCAGUUAACAUUUUCUCCCUCAAAUGCUCUUAAUCUGUCCUAAUUUUCUCUGAUCUCCGGCAGUGAAAGACGUUCGUGCAGUUAACUAACGAGGAUUGCUAACUUUUACUUGAUUCUGGGGUGUAUCAAUUGUAUUACCGCUUCGUGUUAUUUAAGAGCUAAUUAAGCUGAGCUUGUUUGAACAAGUUACAGCUGUCGAAUUCACAAAAAUUUGCAGGCGAUACCCAGCAUUUACCUUGGAUAAAAUAAGUAAUUCGGGAGAAUUAAAAGGAAUAUUAAAGUCAUUGAUUUGAUUUUGUGCAGGCGCUGAUGAUCGGAACACUUUCAGUUUCGUCUGCGUGUCUUGCACACAAUCAUGAUCGUGUUUUGCACUAGCUUUCGUGUCAGGCUAACAUAAGUAUUAAUUUAAUGUGCUCCCCUAUUUACGAUGCAUUUGAUCAAAAACCUAUAAACAUUUCCAGCUUAUUUCACGUGUUUAUGUUUAUUAUUUCAUACAGUUUCAAAGUAAUUUUUUUCCUUUUUUGAUAGACUGCUUAGAUUCUCCCUUUUAACUGUACUGUUAUACUGAUUUCCUUGUUAAAUACACGAUGACUUUUCUUCAAAUGUCACCUAGUGAUUUAUUGGAAGUGUCCUUUCAACUAACUGCGUUUGAUCAUUAGGAUUCCAAUUCAUCAACUGGUAAUGAUAGAUUGGUAUCUGAGUAAAGUUUACCUUUAAAUUGGUAGCAGAAAUUAGCCAGGUAAGCCUGAUGAAAUGCCAGGGGGAAAGGGGAUGGACUGGCAUCCCGUCCAAGAAGUGUAGUUACUCCCACUCACUUCAUGUGAGGAAACCAGUAUUAUAAGCUCACGGCCUAGAUGGGCCACUGCUCAAAUACAGACUUUACCCGACUACCGCAGCCUCUUAAAUAAUUUGAAUUGCUGUUGCAACAAAUUAUAUGAACUUGCAACACUUGCCCAAUUUAUUUCAGUCAAUUGAAAAUGUAUUUUAUAAAUAUUGAAUCAUAUUUUAGUACAUAUAUUUGUUCUUUUGCUGCUUUAAUAGUAUGACAUUAAUUGCUUGUGAUUUUGUGCCUGUGUAUCCCUCCCAUUCUCAGAAGGGAAAAAAUAUUUAUUUUACAACUGGGAUUAUGUUGAGCUGAUGUUUAUUACCAUUUACAACCAACUUUCUUUCAGCCCAGGAUAACUUAAGCAGCACCUUUGUAAGAAGCAUCAGUCUUCUUACAGUUGCUAUGGCUACAGAAAGAAAUCCAAUUAAAGUUCCAUGUGAAAAUGAAUCUCUCAUGAAUUUACUGAGAGGGGUCUUUCCUGUGAAGGGGGAGGGGGGGGGGACUGCACACAUUAUCUAAGCUUUUAAGGGGAUAGGUUAAGUCAGGCAGAUGCAAAAGUGGCAUCUGACACUAAAGGAAAAAAUCUGCAGAUUUUGAAUCUCCAGAUCUUGGCAGCUCUGCUUAUAUUCACUAAUAAUUAUUAACUACAACCACAGACUUUUUUAAAAUUUUUUCUUUGCAGCCACAGCUGAUGUUUAUAGGAAUAAAGGUAAUGAGGCCUUCAAGAAAGGAGAUUUCAUCAAUGCUAUUCAUUUUUACACCAAAGGAAUUAAAAUGAACUGCAACGAUAAAGAACUGAAGGCCAAACUGUACAACAACAGGGCUAUUUCACAUUUUAAACUUGGUAAGAUGAUAAGAGCUUUAAUAUACAUUUUUUUCCCUUUUGAAGCUAUUGGUCUGUUAAUAGUAGUUUUCUGAAAAAGGUGAUAAUUUUGAAUGUAGGCCUUGUCUUGGCCUCUUAAACAUACAAAGAAGUAACCUCUUACCCCAGAUAUCAAUGAGCAUCACAAGUUUUCCCUAAAAUUGUUGUAAUGGUGGUUGGUUAAAAUGCUACGUGUAUGGCUGAUCAGAGAUAUUUAUUUCAAUAACAGGAAAUCACCAGUAUAUUCACUAGGGGAUGCAGAAGCAGCCAUUGAGUUAACUCCACCUUUCCUUGAGGCAAUUAUGAGAGGUUAG